GAUCCUAGGGUCUGUUGGGGCCCCAAGCAAAAAUUCACUGGGGCUCCCCCUCUAACCAGUUUUUGUCAUCAUUUGUUUUGAUAAACGAUAAUAAUGCGCACGAUUUGCAGGUUAAUAAAUUCUCUGAUAAAGUUCAAAGGAAUGAACGUUCAAAACGUAAUUGCCACUACCGUUGUUUAAACUGUCAGCUCUCGUUCGCCAUCUAGUGGCUUGGGGGCCCCAAGCAGCUGCCUGCCCUGCCUGCUGACAAGAUACGCCUCUGCUUUUAAAGGUGAAUGCGUACUUGCCAACCAGUUAUAGAUGCAUCUCUGCUUAUAACAUCCAUACCACGCUUCUUAAAAGUGUUUUUUAAGAUCAGCCUUGCUAUACAGCGCUACCCCAGGCCUGACCUCAAAUUACACGGUUGCAUUCAAGGCUUCAGGAUCUCACGUAACAUUACUACUGUCACGUGGUGCCGCCUCCAUCUGAAAGAGGAACUUCAGUUAAGCGCUGUACUUCUGGCCUGAAGAUCCACACGAGAGGAAAUAUACCCAUAAAAUCGUAAUAAUUCAGCUGACAUCUCGGGAAUACGGAGUGCCAAAGUCCGUCUGAGGUGAUCGGCGUUUCAUAUACAUGCUGUGGUCACAGCUGCUAUGGCUUUCCUGCAAGGUCUCGAUUCGCACAUAGUUGUUGUCGGAUGCGGGAUUUCUGGCAUCGGAGCCGCUCAGAAGCUUCUGCAGCACGGCUUCCACAAUGUACGGGUACUGGAGGCCACCGGCCGCAGCGGCGGCAGGGUCAAGACGGGGCACUUGGGCAGUAAUAUUGUAGAGAUCGGGGCCAACUGGAUCCACGGUCCGUCCCAAGAAAACCCGGUGUUCCGCCUUGCCUGUCAGUACGGGCUUCUGGAUAAGGAGUCCAUGACUGAGGAGAACCAGGCCAUUGAUGUUGCGGGUCACCCACCUUUCACAGCCACCUGGCUCUCCAGCUCGGGCCGCCAGCUGGAACCGGAGCUAACAGAACCGGUCUCCAUGCUCUAUAUGACCCUUCUAGAACAGAGCCAGGUUUUCUACAGGCAGGGCCGGGAGCCCAUGCCCAGCGUGGGCGAGUUUAUAAAGCGUGAAAUUCGGUUGGCCCUGAGCGAUGGGCGGGGCAACCCCGUGACUGCGGUGCUGAAACGGGGUGUAGUCAACACACUGCUGAAGGCUGAGUGCUGUGUCAGCGGCACUCACACCAUGGACGAUGUGGCUCUGGGGGCUUUCGGCAUGUACAAGACACUCCCGGGUCUGGACUGCACCUUCCCAGGGGGCUAUGAAGGCUUAAUUCACCAAAUGAUGCAGACGUUACCGAAAGGCAUGGUGUCCUACAACAAGCCAAUCAGGUGCAUCCACUGGAACAACUCUGAUGGAAGUGCCCAUCAUUCCGGAAGGACCUUCCCAGUGCUGGUGGAGUGCGAGGAUGGAGACACAUUCCCAGCGGACCAUGUGAUCAUCACUGUUUCACUGGGCUACCUGAAGAAGCACCACGAGACGCUAUUCAGACCCCGGCUCCCAGCCCAGAAGGCAGAGUCCAUCCAGCGGAUGGGGUUCGGUACCAAUAACAAGAUCUUUGUGGAGUUGGAGCAGCCUUUCUGGGAGCCGGACUGUGAGAUCAUCUUCCUUCUGUGGGAGGAUGAGUCCACCCUCGCCGACAUGGUGACUGAUGUGAAGACGCUAUGGGUGAAGAAGCUGUUUGGGUUCACCGUGCUCAGGCCAGCUGAGAGGUAUGGACACAUUCUGUGUGGCUGGAUCGCCGGCCGUGAGUCCGAGCACAUGGAAACUCUGUCCGAGGCAGAAGUGAAGCUCACCAUCACACAGCUCAUCCAGAAAUUCACAGGAAAUCCGACCAUCACUCCGAAGAGGAUCGUCCGGUCCCAGUGGUUCCAUGACCCAUAUACCUGUGGCUCCUACACUUAUGUGGCCAGGGGCUGCUCGGGCCACGACAUCGACACGCUGGCACAACCGCUCCCUUCAGAAGGCCCUCAGGCAAAGUCUUUACAGGUGCUGUUUGCUGGGGAGGCAACAAACAAGUCCUUCUACUCCACGGUCCACGGGGCGCUGGAGGCUGGCUGUAGAGAAGCCCAGAGACUCGUCACCCACUACACCCCUCCUGCCUACCAAGGGCCUCUAGGGUCAAAGUUAUGAGGGAAUAAAUUUGGCUGAACAUUGUUUUAGGACAUGAUUAAAUUUUUGUAAUAAUUGUUAUGAUGGAAAUGAUGGAAAUGAAAGAGAGUGUCAGUGUGGUUUGAUUUUGGGUUAAGUCGGCCCUGUUAAUAUUUACACCUUGCCUCCGUUUGGUCUCAGAUUCACAAAUCUUAUACUUGAAAUGUUAGAUAUCAAGUUAGUUAUUAAUUUUUACAGUACAUUCAACUGAUCAUACCUUGCACACUAAUCCACAAAAAUAAAAAUGCAUUUUAAAACCUG